CUACUAUGUUCGCCUGUUCUCCCGCCGGACCCACCAGCCGCCGGCGGCCAUGGGUCAUCUAUAAAAGCAUAGAUCAAGACUACACUAAUCCCUCAUCAGUCCAGUCCAUCCAUAAUUCUCCUAUCUCCACAAGUCCUCCCGCUGACCACCAGCCGGCGGCGGCCCUGGGUCAUCUAUAAAAGCAUAGACCAAGACUACAGAAAUCGCUCAGUCCAGUCCAUCCAUACUUCCUCUUCAGGCCUCAGCUACUAAACAAUAAACUCUGCUCCACUCAACUCUUUCCUCUGUGUCUUGUGCUCUUGUCCGAAAAUGGCGGCGUCAGAAGAAGUGAAAGUGCCAAGAAUCAAGCUGGGCUCGCAAGGUCUUGAAGUUUCAGCUCAAGGGCUGGGCUGCAUGGGCAUGUCAGAAGCCUACGGGCCGCCGAAGCCCGAGCCUGAUAUGAUCAAACUCAUCCACCAUGCUAUUUGCAGAGGUAUCACCCAUCUUGACACCGCCGAUAUGUAUGGACCUCACACCAACGAAAUACUCAUUGGCAAGGCCUUGAAGGAAGGAAUAAGAGCGAAAGUGGAGCUAGCAACCAAAUUUGCAAUCAGUUUUCAGGAUGGGAAGUUUGAUGUACGUGGUGAUCCAGCCUAUGUGAGGGCUUGUUGUGAAGCAAGUUUGAAGCGGCUUGAUGUGGACUGCAUUGAUCUCUAUUAUCAACAUCGCAUCGAUACAAGUGUGCCCAUUGAAGUCACGAUAGGAGAGCUCAAGAAACUGGUUGAAGAGGGUAAAAUAAAGUAUAUAGGUCUGUCUGAGGCCUCAGCUUCAACAAUUCGAAGAGCACAUGCUGUUCAUCCAAUAACAGCUGUACAGUUGGAGUGGUCAUUGUGGACCAGAGAUGUCGAGGAAGAGAUUAUUCCCACUUGCAGAGAGCUUGGCAUAGGGAUUGUUGCAUACAGGCCACUUGGACGAGGUUUCUUCUCAUCAGGUCCAAAGCUGAUGGAGAAUUUGGCUGAAGGUGACUUUCGAAAGGGUUUGCCAAGGUUUCAAGCAGAGAAUUUGGAGCACAACAAGAAGUUGUAUGAGCGGGCCACUGCCAUUGCUUCAAGGAAGGGUUGUACUCCAUCACAGCUAGCAUUGGCCUGGGUCCAUCACCAAGGCAAUGAUGUUUGUCCCAUACCUGGCACUACCAAGAUUGAGAACCUCAAUCAGAAUAUAGGAGCUUUGUCUGUAAAACUGUCGGCAGAAGAUAUGGCGGAACUUGAAUCUAUUGCUUCUGCAGGAGUCAAGGGUGAGAGAUACGGGCCUGAAAUCAGCACUUGGCAAAAUUCUGAAACUCCACCAUUGUCAACCUGGAAGAGGACAUGAAGACAUAGCUUUGUUGUGGCAAUAAUUCCUUCUAGCUAUGUGCCUGAUGGUGGAUUUCACUAUAUUAAGAGUUGAGUGAUAUGUAUUUGUUCCAAUAAAUUUCGUCAUACUAUUGUCUCCAGGGUUAAGGCAAGUAAAGUUUCUUCAGAAAGGUUGUAAUGAAUAAAGAUAUGGUCAUGUAAAAGCAGAACAUAAUUUUCCUUGCAGUUGAAUGCAUUAAAGGUUAUGUAUUGUAAA